UCGAAUUUAGCAGCGUUAAAUCGGAUUAACCCUGCACCCGUCCACACAACGAAGCCAUUUAUUUCGAAAUAAAGGGCUCUUAAAAUCGAUUUCUGUACUCCACCCCGACGAGCGGAGUAGCGCCAAAAUCGAUAUUGUAAUUUCGAAUUAGGGUUAGUGUGGCCGCAAUUCAAUGGUAUUGGCCUCCGGGAGCUAUCCCACAGAGCACCAUUGUGACCGCUCUGGACAGCAAUCUGAACUCGGAUGCACUGGCCAGGUAGACAGGAAAAGCCCCAUGAACAUUUGAAUUUUAUUUCCUGUUUGCCCAGCGCGGAGAGCACAGGUGACCACACAUAGCUCAUCAGCACAGGUAACCAUGCAGGCCGAUAAUCGAAAAAGAGCACCAGCAUGGACGGGAAGUACUGGAUCUGAUCGCUAUAUGGGGAGAGGAUUCAGUGCUAGCAGAACUUCGUUCGAAAAGACGAAAUGCCAAAACUUUUGAAAAAAUCUCCAAGGGCAUGAUGGAGAGAGGCCACAAUAGGGACUCGGAUCAGUGCCACGUGAAAGUCAAGGAGCUCAGACAAGCCUAUCAAAAAACAAAGGAGGCAAACGGUCGCUCCGGGUCAGAGCCGCGGACAUGCCGGUUCUACACCGAGCUGCAUGCAGUUCUAGGGGGGGCUGCCACCACUACCCCACCUCUGACCGUGGAUUCUGAGGCGGGGAUAAUCUCAUCAGCUAGACCUGAGGAUUCUGCUGACAGGGAAGAGGAGGAGGACGAGCUUGCGGAGAGCACCCAACACUCCGUUCUGCCCAACAGCCAGGAUCUUUUUCUCAGCCUGACUGAAGUACCCUCCCAAGCCAGUAUCCAAGACCAUGACUCCAUGGAAGGGAUCUCAGCAGCAAAUUCUUCAAGCCUCCCUCCUCCGUCCCGAAGGCUAUCUCAGAUAAGGCGUCGGAAAAAGAAGACGCGAGACGAGAUGUUCGCCGAAAUCAUGGAAUCCACCCGCAGUGAAAGAGCUCAUCUGAAUGAGUGGAAGGACACGGUUUCAAAGUAUAGGAAAGAAGCCAGUGAACGUGAGGACAUGAGGGACCAACGUGAGGAGAGGAGAGACGCUCGAGAUGAGAGGUGGCGGCAGGAAGAUCAGAGGAGGCAGGAUGCAACGCUGGGGUUGCUGCGUGAGCAAACAGACAUGCUCCAGCAUCUGGUGAAGCUUCAGGAAUGGCAGCAGGAUAAUAGAGUGCCGCUACAGCCCCUGUAUAACCCCCCCCCUCCCCCUGUUCCAUAGCCUCCUCACCCAGACUUGUAAGAACGCGGGGGGGGGGGAGGCUCCGUACACCCUCCCAUUCCACCCCAGUGGACAGC